AUGGCUUCCUCAGACGACGAGCACAAGUCCUCCUCCGUCUACCUCGUCAUGGCCAUCAUCCUGGCUGUUCUCAUCUUUCUCAACGUCCUUCUCGGCGUGGUCUAUCUCCUCAUUCCAAAGGAAUGCUUCGACUGUCAAGGUGCUAUUUAUCGUCGACGAGCUGCUGCGGCUGCGGCUGCUGCUGCUGCUGCCGCUGCCGCCGAAGAUGUCGGUAGAUUCUAUCACCAAGCUCACCGCGGCCCUCAUCAUGGCUAUGAAGCGAGAUCCAUCUACAUCUCCGGUUCUCAAGGACAGCAGGUUACCAUCAUCAACGGCAUUGUCGAGGUGGAUGACGAACUUGACCCGUGGGCCUACUGGGCUACUGAUUCUGAAGAGACUCUACACGGAAUCUCUCUCAACACCGCCCAGCCUCAGUAUCAACGUCAAAGCCAUUACGAUAUGCACGGCGACGCCGCCAUCGCAGCUAGAACUACGCCUACCGUCAAUGCCAUGGUCUCUGACUACGACUAUCGUCACAGCUACGAGCAGGAUGCUCCGGAAAUGCAGCUCACCUCUGACGGCCUCGUCACCAGAAUGCCCAACGAGGGAGGCCUGAUCCUCGACCUGGCAGGAUACGACACCCAGUCGCCCAUGGAAUCCGUACCUGAGCGCGCCGUCGUUCGCCCCCCGCUUGCUCGCAACAUUGACGUCUAUCCGCCUCCGCCGCACACACCUUCGACUGUUCGCACCUGGGGAAGAGAUAGCGACGCUACUAUUCGUCCUGUGGUGGAGAGUCCGCGCCGCGAGGUUGCUGGAGCGAGAGACAAGAGGUACAGCAGACUGGUGCAGGGCGAAGACUGUCUCUAA